CCGACCUCGGUACGAGACGGACGCGUCCAUUAAAAGAACAGCGACCGCGAAGUUAAUCAUUGUCAAGGAAUAAUCUAAUUUGUGGUUCGUGUUUUUUAUUUACAACGCAGGACACGUAAGCUGGCACGUAAAGUCUUAGUGUCCUGACGAAGCUCUUCGACCAUUAGGACGACAACGAAAAUGCACUGUCGACCAUUCAAGAAUAAACGCAUCGCACUCACAAAUAUAUUUUUAAACACGUAAAAAAUAAUAAUCUCAGAACCAAAAUUAGGAGUGAUAAAAAUUGUUCCUUUUCUUUAAAUUAUUAUCAAAAGUCAUUUGUUUUAGUGUUCUAAGUGUUAUUUGUUUUUGUUUUUUUUUUUCUCUUGUGUGAAGUUUAAGCUGGAACUAUGUUUAUGAUGUGGCUUUGGAUCGGUUUUGCGAUGGCCGCUAGUGUCGUUGCUGAUCGUAGCAAACUACCUCCUGCCUGUGAUAGUAUGAUUUACUGCCACGGGCCACUGUUAAACACGGUCCAAAUGGCCGGCCUCUACAAUGACUCCAAGACGUUUGUGGAUAUGAAAAUUAAAAUGUCACCAAAGAUCACCUUGGAGCACUUCUAUGACAUGAUGAGCAGGACGGAUUCUAAUCCGACUAAAGCGGACAUACAGGAGUUCGUGAAUCAGAACUUCGAUCCUGAGGGUUCGGAAUUUGAAGACUGGAGGCCCAGUGAUUGGAAGCAUAACCCUGGAUUUCUUGCUAAAAUCAAGGAUCCGUUGUUGCACAAAUGGGCAUCAGCCUUGAACGAUUUAUGGCUCGAUCUCGGGAGGAAGAUGAAGGAAGCAGUCAAAGAGAGUCCAGACUUAUACUCCAUUAUAUACGUGGAGCAACCUUUUAUUGUUCCAGGUGGUCGUUUCCGUGAGUUCUACUACUGGGACUCAUACUGGAUCAUCAAAGGUCUGCUGCUCUCGGAGAUGAGGACCACAGCGAAGGGCAUGGUCAACAAUUUACUCAGCAUAGUCGAUAGAUACGGCUUCAUACCGAAUGGCGGCAGAAUUUAUUAUCUUAUGAGAUCUCAACCUCCCCUUCUGAUACCGAUGGUGCAGCUGCUAAUGGAAGACACCGAUGACCUGGAAUACCUGAGGGAGCACAUCCACACCCUGGACAAAGAGUUCGACUACUGGAUGACGAAUCACACCAUCGAAGUUAACCACGAAGGGAAGAAAUUGAAAAUGGCGAUGUACAUGGAUAAUUCUCAGGGUCCGAGGCCGGAGAGCUACAAAGAAGACGUCGACUGUGCUAGACAUUUUGACACAACUGAGAAGAAAGAAGAAUUGUACGCUGAAUUGAAGGCAGCCGCUGAAUCCGGCUGGGAUUUCUCAUCACGAUGGUUCAUACUGAACGGAACCAAUAAAGGUAAUCUAACUAAUUUGAAGGUGAGGUCGAUAAUUCCCGUCGACCUCAACGCGAUCUUGUGUUGGAAUGCGCAGCUCAUGAUGGAGUACCACACCCGCCUUCAAAAUGAGGAGAAAGCAUCUUACUAUAGGCGGAUACACGAUGACUUCAUGGAAGCUAUCGAAGAGCUACUGUGGCACGAAGACGUGGGAGUUUGGUUGGACUACAGCCUCGAGUCUAGUCGCAGGAGAGACUACUUUUACCCGUCCAACCUGUCUCCGCUCUGGGCCGGCAGCUACGAUAAAGCGAGAAAGGAUUACUUCGUGAAUAGAGUCGUCAAUUAUUUGGAUAAAGUCAAGAUGGAUAUCUUCGAAGGCGGAAUCCCAACAACGUUCGAACACACCGGCGAACAGUGGGACUAUCCCAACGCGUGGCCGCCCCUUCAGUACAUCGUCAUAAUGGGCCUAGCCAACACCGGGCACCCGGAGGCGAUGAGAUACGCCACCGAACUCGCCACUAAGUGGGUGCGAAGUAACUUUGAAGUCUGGAAGCAGAAGGCCGCCAUGCUGGAGAAGUACGACGCCACGAUUCUGGGUGGGCUGGGUGGCGGCGGAGAAUACGUCGUCCAAACCGGCUUCGGAUGGAGCAAUGGCGUUGUGAUGUCGCUCCUAAACAGAUAUGGAGACGUAAUCUCGGCAGCCGACAACUUCGGAACGGCGGCGGAAUCGGGCGCUGUCUACGGCGCCGGGGUGGGCGCCGGUGGCGUAGUCACGGCGCUCCUAGUGGUCCUAGCUUCUUUGGCUGCUGGAACUUUAGGGUGAGAUAUCAAUUUGUAUACUGUAGAUGCGUCAUGAGACCCAAAAGUAAGAUCUUUCUGUUAUUUACAAUUAUAAUAUUUUACUAGACCUUGAACUGUUAUUUUUAUCUAGUACUGUUAUAACACAAGCUUAGACUUCUCAAACAUACAUUUUAAUUGUGCAUGGCAACUUUUGUUCGUUGAGUGUUGCCAUUUGUGAAAAGAUAGUGAUUUAAUUUUGUUUUUUUUUUAAUACUGUUCAUUGGCAAAUCGAAUCUAAAUUUUAUUUACAAUCUGACAAUACCUCUGAAGUAUCUGCAAGUUAUCAGAGGUGAAUUUUUAGAACAGAAAUACAAAGUUGAAAGUACUUUUUUGAAAUAUACGCUUUUAUCUAUCUUGUUUCCCUUUGUUUUCUACUGCAAAAUAUGAUUUUUGAACCAAUUAUUUAUUUGAAUUUAUAUUAUUAAUAACGGUCGAUUUGGUAUUUGAUAAAGAAGAGCUAGAUAGAAACUAGUAUUACAAUAUUAAAUAUUGAAAUCGCCAUCUGAACGAAUGCCUUUGAUAUAUAGUUUAAAAAAAUAUGUAUUUUUUCUAACAUAAAUUAAGUUUGCUUCUUGCCUUUAUUAUUAUAGUUUUAUUUGACGAAUUAUUAACUUAUAAAUGAUUUACCGUGAGUACAAUUAAUAAUCUUUAAUUGAAUAUAUAUAUUUUUAAAAUAAAUAGGUAAUGAAUAGUAUUCUUUUAUAGUUCAUUAGGGACUUUACUUAAUACUUUAGGAUUUCAAGUCUCAAAUUUUUCGUGGUGAAGAGAUAUGUAUGGUAAAUCAUUACUAUCGCACUGUUUAAGGACAUUUACCAUAUAAUCUACAUUCCUAUUAAUGGUCUAGUAUGCGACCAAUGUAUUUAAAAAAAAGGUUUUACUAUGUAUAACAAUAAAUUGUUUUGUUUUAAUAUGAAAAAUUGUAUAUUUUGUUUAUAUUAAAAUUAAAAAUAUGUGAUAAUAAGGAUAUAGUUCAGUAUCAGUAUUUUCAUCAAAGUUUAUUUAUUUAAUUUAUUUUAUUAUAGUAAUCGUUCGAAAUAAAUUAUUUAAUUUUCAUUCUUACCUUUUACGGAUGUAGUUUUUAGGUUAUGGUGUGGUACAAUAAAAAUAAAUCGAAUAUUGUU